AUGGUAUACACAAAACCCACCACACAGCCCACAGCACACAGCCCCCGGCACACGGCACACGGCCCACGGCCCACGGCACACGGCACACGGCCCACGGCCCACGGCCCACGGCCCACGGCCCACGGCACACGGCCCACGGCCCACGGCCCACGGCCCACGCCCCCAGCCCCCAACACACGGCACACGGCACACGGCACACGGCACACGGCCCACGGCCCACGGCCCACGGCCCACGGCCCACGGCCCACGGCACACGGCCCACGGCCCACGGCCCCCGGCCCCCGGCCCCCGGCCCCCGGCACACGGCACACGGCCCACGGCCCACGGCCCACGGCCCACGGCACACGGCCCACGGCCCACGGCCCACGGCCCACGGCCCCCGGCCCCCGGCCCACGGCCCACGGCCCACGGCCCACCGCCCACGGCCCACGGCCCACGGCCCACGGCCCACGGCCCCCGGCCCCCGGCCCACGGCCCACGCACACAGCCCACAGCACACAGCCCCCGGCACACGGCACACGGCCCACGGCCCACGGCACACGGCACACGGCCCACGGCCCACGGCCCACGGCCCACGGCCCACGGCACACGGCCCACGGCACACGGCCCACGGCCCACGGCCCACGGCCCACGCCCCCAGCCCCCAACACACGGCACACGGCACACGGCACACGGCACACGGCCCACGGCCCACGGCCCACGGCCCACGGCCCACGGCCCACGGCACACGGCACACGGCCCACGGCCCCCGGCCCCCGGCCCCCGGCCCCCGGCACACGGCACACGGCCCACGGCCCACGGCCCACGGCCCACGGCACACGGCCCACGGCCCACGGCCCACGGCCCACGGCCCACGGCCCCCGGCCCCCGGCCCACGGCCCACGGCCCACGGCCCACGGCCCACGGCCCACGGCCCACGGCCCACGGCCCCCGGCCCCCGGCCCACGGCCCACGCAACAUAAUUACGGGCAGCGUAUCCCCUCACCUAUUGGACUCCAGCAACCCAGGACGCUACCCAACGGAGACAUAAACACAUAA